CCUCGGUCCUACCUGUUCCUUGGUCCACCGGUGUCCUGCUUUCACCGCCUGUCUUCUCUGCCCAGCGCCGGCAUCUUUAGUGUAGGCACUCGUCUAUCUGCAGUCUCUGGUCAUUUCCUGUACUACGUCCACAGUCUCUGGUCUUCUCCUGUACUAUGUCCGCAGUCUCUGGUCACCUUGUGUGCUAUGUCCGCAGUCUCUGGUCAUCUCCUGUACUAUGUCCCCAGUCUCUGGUCAUCUCCUGUACUAUGUCUGCAGUCUCUGGUCAUCUCCUGUAUCAUGUCCACAGUCUCUGGUCAUCUCCUGUACUAUGUCCACAGUCUCUGGUCAUCUCUUGUACUAUGUCCGCAGUCUCUGGCCAUCUCCUGUACUAUGUCCACAGUCUCUGGUCGUCUCCUGUACUAUGUCCACAGUCUCUGGUCGUCUCCUGUACUAUGUCCGCAGUCUCUGGUCAUCUCCUGUACUAUGUCUGCAGUCUCUGGUCAUCUUCUGUACUAUGUCUGCAGUCUCUGGUCAUCUUCUGUACUAUGUCUGCAG